GUUGAUAGGGUUGAGGGUCCGAGUCCACCAGCAAGAGGAGUCUGGUAAUGUGAUUCCGGACAAAACUGCAACGAGCAUAGAAGCUCGAGAAUAAGGUGAAGUGCUGUUCUGAAGUCGGAAAACGACAUCCAGCCAAGAGGGACGGUCGAAGAAGAAUGAAGUCGACGCUAAGGGCAUGGAGCUUGGGCAACCAGUGAAUGGGAAGCCGCUUAUUUGCGAAAGACACGGGAAGGAGGCGUCCAUCUGGGUCUAGGACACGGUCCUUUCCUACUUGGUCCAGGAGCGCAUAACAGUGCAGUGUCGUGUGUCGUGUGCCCGUCGAGUGUUGAGCAAGUGGAAGCCUUGGAAGGCACCUCUGACGACUGGAGGCAAGAGAGAGCAGGAGCGUAUCAGGGAAUGGAGGUGGAUAGGGAGGCAGUGGAAGGUGAGGGAAGGAACCUAAGGUACUUCCGCGCAAUAGGAACGGAAGGCAGGUUGCAAGUCACUCCUUCUCUUCUUGCCCUUCUCUCGGUUUUGCUUUUCCCGGGUACUUUCCUGUUCGUUGGUGUUUGCUCUCGGUCUCUCUGCCUCAUUCACUUUCCCGUCUUCCUCCCUUUCUCGGGCUGUCAAAGUCCACAAGUCAUUCAUCCCAUCUUGACCCAACGACAUCUACACUUUUCACCCACACACACACUCACACCCUCACACACAAGCGCCGCAUUCGCAUCCCACACCAACGUAACCCCCGGCCUAGACCCAGACAUGACGGCGCGCCAAAUGCAGCAUGGCGUGGCGGGCGUGGGAGACAAUAGGGGAUCGAGUCUAACGGCAUGCCGUAUGCACCCUCAAAGUCUAAUCCGGCGUGAUGUCGUUCAUUUCCACGUGUCGAACAGAACGAAACAAACGGUCGGUUCAAGCCGGCGCCCAAACCGGCGGUGUCAGCGAAUGCCGAGUGCCGCACGGCAAGAACAGCGCAGCCAUUCCGCUCAUGGCGCCGAAAAAAUGGAUGCCCUCCUAGGCCCCUUUCACCCAAGAAGCGGAGGGGAGGCCGAGACUCGAGUGUGCUGGGUAAGGUACGGAGUACGGACACCUACAUCAAAAUGUCCAGACCCUUCCCUUCCUCCCGUCUACGGCCGUCUACGGAGUAAGGUAUCCAUGGAUGGUUCCCCAGCACCUGAAGAUCCCGUCUCGGCGGACGGCUGCCGGCUGGUGGAUGGACUGGAACUUCUGGAAGGUCUAGGAAGGAAUGGACGGCAUGGCGACCUGACAGGUUCCAUUGCAACACCCGAUCGGAUUGAGCAUGAACGGUAAGGGGGUCGGAUACGCUUCCACUAACCUUCCACUUCUUAUUUGGUGGCUCCGUCCUUCGGCUCGGCUCUUUAUGUGUGUACGAAGUAGUGGCUCAGCCUCCAAACUGCGAUGUCCCAAGGUGUCACCGUGUCAGUCUUUCCGCUUUGUUUCGGCAAGGA